UGGAAAAACUGUAAAAUAUAGUCACAACACGAUGAUUGCAUUCAUCAGAAAAAACUGGUUUCUUGUAGGAAUCGUCACAGUAAUAUGUCUUGCAAGAUUUGCGCCUCACAUUGGAGCAAAAGGAGGGAUUUUAAAGCCCGAAUACACCGUCAAAUAUGGCGCCGUUUCAAUCAUCUUCUUCAACAGUGGUCUUUCUCUACGAACUGAAGAUCUAAAGAAUGCAAUCACUCAAGUCAAGCUCCAUGUAUUUGUGCAGACAUUCACCUUAGUAUUUAUUCCGCUACUUAUUUCUCAACUGAUUAAAUUGCUCGCGUUAUUGUCGUUGAAUGAAUGGUUACUGAAGGGAUUGUUAGUGGUCAGCUGUAUGCCCCCUCCUGUCUCUUCAGCUGUCAUCCUCACUAAGGCAGUAGGUGGUAACGAUGCAGCAGCUAUCUUUAAUUCGGCAUUUGGAAGCUUCCUUGGGAUCUUCGUCACGCCAUUUUUACUAUUGGUUCUUGUAGGCUCGUCAUCGUCAGUGCCCUACAGCUCUAUUUUUACCACCUUAUCGAUGACCGUGGUCGUGCCAAUCUUAGUUGGUCAAGUAUUCAGAUACAACGAUAAAGUCAGGAACUGGAUGGAAGAAACUAAGCCACCGUUUGGUACCAUUGGAAGCUGUGUUCUCCUCCUGAUUAUCUACACGACAUUCUGUGAUACAUUUUCAAGUGAUGUUGGAGACAUUGAUUCCACUAAUUUACUUGCUGUUGUGAUAAUCAUAUUUUUAAUUCAGUGCUUCUUGCUUUUUCUUACUUUUUACCUUACUUCAAUGCCUGAGUCUCCAUUCAAGCCAGCAGAUACUGUGGCAAUAAUGUUCUGCUCCACACACAAAUCUCUCACACUCGGUAUUCCAAUGUUGAAGAUAGUUUUCCAGGGCUACAAGUAUCUUUCUCUCAUUUCUAUUCCACUUCUCAUUUAUCAUCCUACUCAGAUUCUCCUUGGUGGGGUAUUGGUACCUGUAGUUAGGAACUGGAUGUUGGAAAAACAGGCUGCCCAUAAAGAUAAAUCAACUAUCAAUGGUGUUUAAAGGGUUGGACAGUUGCUAAUAAUAUUUGUAGUAGUGCGCCGGCUAGUUUUUCCGUAAUAUAUACUCUAGCACUUCCAAUAGAGUGCUCACACUAAAUCCGUGAAAUAAAUAUUAAUUUUUAGCACUAAAUAGUGAUAAUUAAACAAUAGAAAACAAAGGAUUCUGUAUGAAAUAGUACUAAUUUGUACUAUUUAAUGUUCACGGUUUUAGUGCAUGCACUCUAUCUGCAAGUGUAAUUAAUCUUAUAUUGAUGUUUUUUAGUUGGCAGCUAACAGUCAUAUUUGUCAGAAUUUCAUUCAUUCAUAAUUAAUUUCAUAU